AUGGAGAACGCCGUAGCCUGUCGUGCCGCUCCAGACCAAGGCAAAGAUGUCUUCGCCAACAAGGCGCCUCUGUACAAGCCGCUUUGGGGCCGCGGCGCCUUUGGUGGUGCCGUUUUGGCCCAGGCUUUGUCUGCUGCGCAGGCCACCAUUCCAGCGGGUUUCAUCGCCGACACUAUGCAUUGCCACUUCUUCAUAGCCGUCAAGGCCGAUGAGCCCCUUUACUCGCACGUCGAGCGGCUCCGGGACGGCAAAAACAUCGCAACCCGCUCGGUGCGCUGCACGCAGUUUGGCAAGUGCGCCUUUUCCGCCAUUCUCAACUUUGGACGCACAGCGGGCCGCGGCCCGCGCACGCUGCAGCACCAGCCCGAGUCGCCCGUGUCCCCGGCCACGGUGGCUUCGAUCCGCAACGGCGAGCUGUCCUCGACGAGCCAGGUCGACGCCGACUACCCCUUUGAGUCGAUUCGGGUGCGCGGGAAGCACGAGGACGGCCACAAGCGCCACGAGCUGCAGCGCAUCGUGCAAAUGACAAAGGCCAAGUUUUCGUCGUCGCCGGUGCAGUACACGGGAGACGUGGCGCAGCACCAGGCCGCGCUGGCGUACAUGACGGACAACUACUUCCUGGGAACCGUGCCGCGCGUGCACAAGGCGCACCGUUUCAGCAAUGAAAAGCUCGUUAAAAACGUGGUGGAGAAGCUGGGUGAAGGCCAGCAAAAAGCAGCGACGGAGCGCUUCAAGAUCCUGGCCAAGGAAGAGUUGGCGGACGCGGCAAGCCGCACGGCCAAGGGUGAAGAGACGGACACGAAAAGAAUUCCGUCCCACAUUGAGAUGAUGGUGAGUCUGGACCAUACCAUCUUUUUCCACAACCAGGAUGCGGUGCGAGCAAACGACUGGAUGGUGAUGGAAAUGGAGACGCCGUGGGCAGGGCAGGACAGAGGGCUGGUUCUGGAGAGAAUCUGGACAGCUGAUGGGGUUCUCGUCGCGACAUGCAUUCAAGAGGGCCUGUUUCGGAUAUCCCAGGAUCCGGCGUCACACUUGUGA